CAUUACUUUUCAAGAAGAUAAUCAAGUUCAAAUAAUUAAAAACAACUAUAUAAAGUUUAAAAGUAUGACGUUAUUCUUUUACGUCUUUUUUUUCUCAGUAUUCAACAAAGCAUUAUUCAUUGAAGAAGCUGAAAAAUGUCCAAUUUGCUAUAAAGAUUCUACCGUAACUUUAAAGCAAUGUAAACAUUUGUUGUGUAACGAAUGUGCUGAAAAGUUAAGACUCAGAAAAGAAAUGAAAUGCCCACUUUGUAGAAGAGUAAUUCUUUGGUUUUCGUGUAAAGGAGGUAUGCUUUAUGAAAAUGAAUUGGAAUCAAUAAAAAUAGGUGUAAUAUGUAAAACAAUUUCCAAUGAAAAACUGAUUUCACAUUAUUACUAUCUUCCACCGUGGCAAUUUGCUGACGAAAAAAUGUUAGUAGAAAUAUCCCAAAUUUAUAAUGCAUACCCUUCUGAACAAUUAUUAGAAAUACGUGAAGCCAUAGAAAAUUUUGAUGUACAUUGGCCUGAAGAGGACUUGGUGCUUCGACGACGAUAUUUUAUAACUAUUUUACAUAAUGAAGAAAAAGAGAUAUUAAAAAAUUAUUAUAUUAGGAAUGAUUUAGACGUAAAUGAACAAUUUGAAACACGAAAACAUAUGUAUAAUUUUGAAAUAGAAUCUUCUGCAGAAUCAGAUUCGUCGUUAUAAAUAAUUAAUUUGGAUUUCAUUUUUAUAUGUAUUGUCCGUAAAAAAAAUGAGCAAAUAUUGUUUUAGAUACAUUUUUAUUACAAUGAUGCAAAGUUAACUUCAACUUAUUUUU